AUGUCGCCGAUCAUGAAGCACGCCAUCUAUAUCGCUCUAUCAGCUCUGCUACCUGCUAUCCACGCCCAGCAGUCCCUUUGGGGCCAAUGCGGCGGUGCUGGAUGGACAGGUGAAACAAACUGUCCUGCAGGGGCGGCAUGUAGCACGCAAAACCCCCACUACGCGCAAUGUGUGCCGUCUACCGCAACGGCCACGACAACUGGAGGUUCUACGACUACAAGGACGACCCUGACGACGACCACCAGCUCGUCCACUCGUACCUCCACCAGCGCGGGAGCCACCACAACGGCUGCGCCAUCUGGAAACCCGUUCAGUGGAUACCAGCUUUAUGUCAACCCGUACUACUCGUCAGAGGUCCAUUCUCUGGCCAUUCCGUCUCUGACCGGCUCGCUGGUCGCCAAAGCUACCGCCGCGGCGAAAGUGCCGUCUUUUGUUUGGCUGGACGUGGCCGCGAAAGUUCCAACUAUGGGCACUUACCUGGCCGACAUCAAGGCGCAGAAUGCCGCCGGUGCUAGCCCUCCGGUCGCCGGUAUCUUUGUGGUUUACGAUCUACCAGAUCGGGACUGCGCGGCCUUAGCUAGUAAUGGCGAGUAUGCAAUUGGAAACAAUGGAGUGGCGAACUAUAAGAAGUACAUCGACGCCAUCCGGGCGCAGCUGGUGAAGUAUUCUGAUGUGCACACGAUUCUACUGAUCGAACCCGAUAGUCUUGCCAAUUUGGUCACCAAUCUCAACGUUCCUAAGUGUGCCAACGCCCAAGCUGCGUACAUGGAAUGCGUUUCCUACGCACUGAAGGAGCUCGACUUACCCAAUGUGUCCAUGUAUAUUGAUGCCGGGCAUGCCGGCUGGCUGGGCUGGGCUGCCAACGUCGGGCCCGCUGCCACUCUCUACGCAUCGGUGUACAAGGAUGCCGGGUCACCGGCGGCAGUUCGUGGGCUGGCGACCAACGUCGCUAACUACAAUGCCUGGUCGAUCGGAACCUGUCCGUCGUACACUUCUGGUAACACUAACUGCGACGAGAAGCGUUAUAUAAACGCCUUAGCUCCACUACUGCGAGACGCAGGGUUCCCGGCGCAUUUCCUGAUGGAUACCUCACGAAGCGGCGCCCAGCCCACCAAGCAGAGCGCUUGGGGUGACUGGUGCAAUGUUAUCGGGACUGGGUUCGGAGAGCGCUUCUCGACCAACACGGGCGAUCCGCUUCUCGAUGCCUUUGUCUGGGUUAAGCCGGGAGGCGAGAGCGACGGCACGUCCGAUAGCAGCGCCACCCGCUACGAUGCCCAUUGCGGAUACAGCGACUCCUUGCAGCCAGCUCCUGAGGCGGGGACGUGGUUCCAGGCCUACUUCGAGCAGUUGUUGGUCAAUGCGAACCCGACAUUCUAG